AUGUUCGACAGUUCACGUAAGACGAACGAUGAACCGGCUUUGAAAAAGCGUCGCGAUGCGACAAUUGGUUUUCGUUUUAGCGGUGCUUGUCGUUCUGCUCGCACAAUGCAACCAAACCAGAUCGACUCCGUUUGGAAUGGUAAGUCCCGACUCAAUCCACAGGCGGAGUAUAUGAACUCGUUACGCGUAGACAGUGCAUUGGAACGAUGCAUCCAAAUGAUCAGUGCUCAGUUAGCACAACGAUUCCGACGAUCUGUGAGUGCUGUCAUGAUGAGCGGAAUGGGCACAUAUGGCCAAAUGGAGCAACUGAGACAGUGCAUGCUUCGAGAAUUUGCCGGGAAAAUUCCACCACAUCACUGGAAUAUGCUUGAGAACACGGAAUAA